AUGCCCCCCGCAACCGACCCAGAAAUCCCAGCCGUAACCGCCCCCCAAAAAAACAAAUACCUCUGCCUCACGAUUCUGGGCUACAAAAAAGAAGGCAUGACCGAAGAAGCCUACCGCAACCACAUGCUCAACGUCUCCGCCCCAAUGACGAAAGACCUCAUGGUAAAAUACGGAAUUCGAAGAUGGACAAUGAUCCACAACCAAACCCCCACCCGCGCCCUCAUGACGCAACUCUUCGACAGCCAAAUGGUGAAUUUGGCGCCGUAUGACUGUUUCAGUCAAGUCGUCUUCGAGUCGAUUGAAGAUUAUAAGAAAAUCAAACUGGAUCCUUGGUAUCGGAAAUACCUGGUGGGGGAUCAUGAGAAUUUUGCGGAUACGAAGAGGAGUGAGAUGACGAUUGGUUGGAUUGAGGAGUUUGUUCGGGAUGGGCAGCUUGUUGAGGGGUUUGAGGGGGAGUAUGUUUAG